GUUGAAAUCCUUUCACAGCGCGAGUGUAUUUCCAUCCAUGUUGGUCAAGCGGGAGUUCAAAUUGGAAAUGCUUGUUGGGAGUUGUACUGCUUGGAGCAUGGAAUUCAGCCUGAUGGCCAGAUGCCGAGCGACAAAACCAUCGGCGGAGGAGAUGAUUCCUUCAACACGUUUUUCAGCGAAACCGGCGCAGGGAAACAUGUUCCUCGCGCUGUCUUUGUUGAUUUAGAACCUACUGUAGUCGGUGAGUUAAACUAUGCAGUAACGAAUACUUUGAAGGUAUAAUCCAGCGCUAUACCUUGAAUUAACAGCGGAAGAAACCAGGAGAAAAUUUCUUAUUUAUAUAGUUUUGUGGUUCUUCAAAAAAACCUGCAUACAACCAGACGAAUUAAUUAACGUCUGAGUUUAUCUAUUAAUGGUUUCUCAGGGUAUUUCAGGAGUAGGACUAAUCAAUUGUAGAUCUUAGAUACUUUGUAUUGACAAAAAAGCACCAUGAUCAAUGAUUACUAUUAGUUUAGUUUCGCUAUUUGCCGCGAAACGAUAAAUUGAGGAAGAACUUUCAAUUAGAGGGCGGACCUUUUUCCUGUCAGGAUCAACAAUAACAUGCUACCGGUUUGGCAAUUCACAACUUGCUAUUGCCCUGUGGUCCAUUAUGCUAGUUAAGAAAGAUACACAUUUAAUUUUUAUGGAACAGUUGCCUCUCAUAUUCUAGAAAGAAGUCGUUCCUUGCUCGUAGACAGUGGUGAUUCAAUCUUUACGGAAAGUAAAUAGUAAGACUUCUUGACAAAGGAAGACAAUCCCGGUUAACAAUAGACCAAUGUCGCAACGCCGUUGGACGCAAAAGUGACACCAGCGGGAUAUGGCCACGCUCCGAGGAAUAUGAAUGAAAUCAAAGUCGUUCCCACGGCCUCCGCUUUUUUAAAUCCUGGGAAUAAAGUUGGCAUAAAACGACCGUUCGUAUGCGUUUUAAUAUUUGAGUGUAUAUUUACAGCCCCGUACCAAGAAAAGAGAAAAGCUUAUGAGAACUAAUAAAAUGAUCAUUAAAGGGAAUUUGUGUGUGGAUCAGACAAAUAAGGCGUUUGAAAGUGAUCCACCUUUAUCGUGAGAGGGUAUUCAUUGAAAUUCACUUGGAAUGUUAGCCUGCGUGUCAGGCGUUCGAAAGGGAAGAGGAAGGGAAUUAGGGCGCGAGACCACGCGCUAGAGAGGCGCCCCCUCGCGUUUCUCUCGCGCCUAAAACUCCCUUUCCCAUCCCUUUCAAACGCCUUCCACGCAGGCUAGGAAUGUGUGCCCUGAGUCACAGGAUAGCUCAAUUUCAGACUAAUGUAUUAUCAACACCCUUCCCGACCAACACCCCCUCCCCUCCCCUCCCCCACGACAGGAUAUUCGCGUCUGGGCAGAGAUAAGAGACCUUUAAAUUGGAGGACUAGAACGACCACGAGGACAAGAUUGGACUUAAGUUUUUUUCGCGUAUUCUCAAAAACUAGAUACCCUUAGAAAGCUUUUAUUGUACCUUUUGGUUAAAACGGUUAUUUUCAUUUAAGGAGGUUUAAGCCCUUUCCGAUCACUAACCGAUAAAACUUCUAACAUUUGAUAACUUGUUUCCGUCACUAUAGACUACGAGUAGUCCCCCAUUUUUCCUCAGGGAUAGUAGAGCGAGCGAAACGCGAGCGCGCGGGUGUCGCCUUUUCUCGCGUGGGGUGAUUUUCACGCGCGCUCGCGUUUCGCUCGCUCUACUAUCCCUGUGGAAAAAUGGGGGACUACUCGUAGUCUAGGUCACUACGACAUUCUCGCUAAAAUCCGCAUUAGAGUGAAGGCGGCUGUUGCGUUUUCCGGCCAAAAUAACGCCGCUUCACUCACGGCGCAUUACUUGGUGUUGAGAAAAUCUCGUUCUCGCAGUCAUCCUUGUCUUAGAAUCUAAAGGUCUCUAUUCCUGCAGAGGCGAUCAUAAGGCAAGAACGUUUUUUAUGUUACAGAUGAGGUGCGCACAGGUACCUACAGGCAGCUGUUUCACCCAGAACAGUUAAUAACCGGCAAAGAAGAUGCCGCUAACAACUAUGCUCGGGGGCACUACACUGUUGGAAAGGAGAUGAUCGAUCAGGUUCUGGAUAAGAUUAGGAAGCUUGUAAGUAUUUAUAUUACGAGUCAUGACAUACUCGUUCACCAUUUUUCUUUUUAGUUCAUGAAUUUAAAACCUAAAGAAAAAAGCGCACAGUUAAUGUAAUGCAACAUAAUUUUACAAUAAUAAAUCAAUAUAUCAUUUUGCCCCUAACUUCUUCGAAAGUCGGCAUAGUUGCUAAGUCAUGCGGUUUUUGUUGACGCUUCGACAGCCUAUCAUCAAAGACUCUUUGUUUAAUAUUUUGCCCUUAGGCGAAGAUUUCCAGUGAAUUAAGGUCACCCAUAGCCUUUAUUGCAGUCAGUCCGCAUACAAGUGGUAAUAAGUGUCUGUGAUGCGGGCAAUGUCACCCAGUGCCUCUCAACCAAAAGAAAGAAGGCCCAAGUUUUUCUUUUUCAUAUAGUCACAAGUUCUGCCCCACUUUCACUUCGUGUGAGUUUACAGCUAAUAACAAUAUUACAUUUUUUAAUGGUUCUGUCGCUUUCUAUAGCUGAUGAGUAAAUAAUGUGCCGGCGUUUUAUCCUUCAAGCCUUCUUAUUAUUUCUGGUUCUAUUUUAUGGGUUUCAAGUUUUUUAACUGUUUCAUCUCACAGGCAGACCAAUGCACAGGCUUGCAGGGAUUCCUUGUUUUCCACUCUUUUGGUGGAGGUACUGGUUCUGGCUUUACAUCUCUGCUCAUGGAACGUCUGUCUGUUGACUAUGGCAAGAAAUCCAAACUGGAGUUCUCUAUCUACCCAGCACCUCAGGUUGCAACAGCAGUGGUUGAACCUUACAACUCUAUUCUGACCACUCACACCACCUUGGAACAUUCUGACUGUGCCUUUAUGGUGGAUAAUGAAGCCAUUUAUGACAUCUGUCGUCGUAACUUGGACAUAGAAAGGCCAACUUACACCAACCUGAACCGUCUGAUUGGUCAGAUCGUAUCCUCCAUUACUGCUUCACUGCGCUUUGAUGGUGCACUGAACGUUGACUUGACUGAGUUUCAGGUACAGGGUAUAAAAAAACUAUAAGCAUAGUUUAAGACACGUGAAAAGUAAGUGUUUAAGUGCGUGAACAUUUUGCGCGUGUUUUUUUUUUUUUCAGACCAACUUGGUUCCAUAUCCACGUAUUCACUUCCCACUGGCCACUUAUGCUCCAGUUAUCUCUGCUGAAAAAGCCUACCAUGAACAGUUGAGUGUUGCUGAAAUCACCAAUGCCUGUUUUGAGCCAGCCAAUCAGAUGGUGAAAUGUGACCCACGUCACGGCAAAUAUAUGGCUUGCUGUCUGCUGUUCCGUGGUGAUGUAGUACCUAAGGACGUGAAUGCCGCUAUAGCGACAAUCAAGACCAAGAGAACCAUUCAGUUUGUGGACUGGUGCCCUACUGGCUUCAAGGUUCGCUGUGUAGUUACGUUUAUAGGUCGACUGAGCAAUAGCCUGCGUAGCAAGUUCUGCGAGACUUCGUUGCGAACGUUGUAACGAGACCGAAAAAGAGGGAUGAAGGGGAAGGAGAAGGGGAGAAAAAUUUUUAUCUUCUCCCCUCACCCUCCCCCUACGUCCAUAUUUCUCGAUACAACUUUCGCGCAAUAAGUCACUGAAUCGGAAACGCUUGCUACUAAAAUAAAAAGGUGAAAGAGAGUGGAAAGUACUAAAGGUGACUUACGGUGACUUUCCUCUCUGCCAUUGGACUAAUCGGUUUAAGAUCUACGCGCGCCGUCGUCGUUGUCGUAUGCCGCGUUGUGUUUAUUUUAGUUGACAAUGAUUUUCUUGGUUGUAUUGUAUCUUUCAACCGAAAAAAAAAGCAGACCAGCGGCGAAUAAAUCGUUUGGAACUGAUUCAUUUUUCAGGUUGGCAUCAACUACCAGCCUCCCACAGUUGUUCCUGGUGGUGACUUGGCCAAGGUUCAGCGUGCUGUUUGUAUGUUGAGUAACACCACAGCUAUUGCUGAGGCCUGGGCCCGUCUGGAUCACAAGUUUGAUCUGAUGUAUGCCAAGCGUGCUUUUGUCCACUGGUAUGUGGGUGAGGGUAUGGAGGAAGGAGAGUUCUCUGAGGCUCGUGAAGAUUUGGCUGCUCUGGAGAAGGAUUACGAGGAAGUGGGUGUGGAUUCUGUAGGUGAUGAAGGCGAGGACGAAGGAGACGAGUAUUAGAGAGGCUCAGAAAAAAUUGUGCUGUAAACCCAAUAAAAGCUUACUGAGAAUUUACAUGGAGAUGAAUGUGUGAUUACUUAAGAUAAAAAAAAAGAACCGAAAGAAUAAGAGAACAACCUGAAAAAUCGAAAGGCUGGAAUGAUCUCUCUGAUCAUUUUUUAUUCGUUUUUUAUGUGCGGUGAAACUACGUAGUAGCUGUGGCAUCGGGUAUUUGCGAAGAAGAUUUGUCCUGUGUCGGGAUAAAACUCAUUACAGUUCGAAGAAACCUUAAUUGGAGUUUGACCUUUGUUUCUUCUGGUAGUGAGUGUUCGUCACAAAACACUUAAAAGAAUGAGCCAUUCUUUUGUCAGAAAAUGUGCGUUAGUGCUAAAAAAAAGACUCUUAAAUUUGCGUUAAACAUUUGGCUAAGUGUUGUCCUUUUCCAGAUUCUUAAUGCUAAACAUCUUUUCAUCGCUCGUUUCAGGAAAUUGUUUGAUGAUAAAGACAAAAACAAUGAAUUCUACCCAGCUCCUCCGCCUUUUAAAAACAAGGGGCUACCAAAAUUCAAAUUCUUUGAAUCAAGCGCACAGUGACAGUGGAACAACGCAAAUCCAGCCCACCGUUGAUAGGAUCACUUUAUUAUUGCCAUUUUGGCCACUUUCUUUGAGCCAAAAAAUAAAAAAAUCAAUCAUUUAUUUUUGCAAAGAACCUCAUUAACACUAUCAAGGCCCUUUCACAGCUCAAAACUGGUUUCACUUUAAUUACCUGAAUUGUUACAUGUAAUUGUAUUUUCAUCGGUGUUUUGCUAUUUAAAUUCCUCUUUUGUCCUACAUACAAUGAUACAUUAGUUUAAUUUAAAUUAUUGCUUUCCCUCUUUCUUUUCGUUUCCUUAUUUGUGACUAACUAGCAGCCAGCUUUAAGGAGUCUGCUACUCUGGCUAAUUCGUCAAACAUAUUCAGAACUUCACUCUUUGUAGUCACAUAACUUAAUUAUAUCAGUUCCAUAGUACUGUUUUCUGCGCUUUCUCUCUCUGUUAAUAAAUAUGCACGUUGUUGUUUUUGUCAUUGUUGUUUUGCGAUUUAAUUUAAUGAUAUCAGCCAAUCAUUUGGCAGACGUUUUUCAAGCUGUUAUUGAGAGUUUAUUGAGAAACACCUGUUAAUUACUAGAUUUAAUACGCUUUAUUCGGCGGAGAUUUUUGAUCACCAUUAGGCUAAUAAGGGUGACAUAAUAUCGUGCCACGCAUGUCGCCAUCCUUGCACUUAUCAUGAAUAGUAUUGCAGGCUCAAGAUAUAUAGAAAAUAACAUAAGAGCGCCAGCCCACCCAGUACAUACCACUUCAUACAGCCGUGGGGUACAAGUUCUUCGUUCGGUUGGUCACUUAUCGGCGGAGAGGCUUUCACUUUGUUCAUCAUUUGCAAGACUGAAAAUCUCUGACUAUUUCUGACAAUGGUAAGCUGACUUUCUAUAUAAUUACCCGAGUUACAUUUUGAAAGCAUUUCCUUUUGUUUUUAAACUUUCGUAGGGCUCAAGGUAGCAGGGAGCUCUCUUAUUUCACAGUCUAUGGAUAAGCUCCACCCUUGCAACGUUUAGCGGCCGGCAAUGAAAUUUGAAUGAUUUUUUCUUGAUUUCGCUUUAACCCUUUCAGCGUGAGUGUAUUUCAGUCCACGUUGGCCAAGCCGGAGUUCAGAUUGGAAAUGCUUGUUGGGAGUUGUACUGCUUGGAGCAUGGAAUUCAGCCUGAUGGUCAGAUGCCGAGCGACAAAACCAUCGGCGGAGGAGAUGAUUCCUUCAACACGUUUUUCAGCGAAACUGGAGCGGGAAAACACGUUCCUCGCGCCGUGUUUGUUGAUUUGGAACCCACCGUAGUCGGUGAGAAAAGGAAACUUUGUUUUAUAAUCUAGCAGUAGAAAUAAAAUAAAGAAAUGAAAGUUGAAAAGUCUGCGAAGAAAAAGGCAAAUUAAAAUAUCUUAUUUAAUAUAUCGCCAAAGCUGUAAACGAAAACAUUUUCAAGAAGCAGAAUAUUAUGAAUUAAAAAUUAUAAACCAAUAAUAUAUUGACCACAGUCCUUAAGCGCAAUUUUAAGGUAUGAGUUGAUAACAUACGGCGUUUUUAUUGCAACAUUCUGAGUUUAUGUUAUUAAGAGAAGUUUGAAUUAGAGAUAUAAUCGUCUCGCGCUGAAUCUGGACUAUUUCGUGUAAGUAGAAAUUUGCAAUUGAAUUACUGGUUUCUAUGGCAUUAGUUAGCAUAUCAUUCAUUUUUUGUAAAAUUCAAAGUAUCUAUAAAAUUUACAUAUAUUGGUGCCAUUGAAAUUGACAGAAAUUGUGAACAGUAAAUUAAGUGGAGUGUUUUCUUUCAUGUAUAGCAAAUGAAGAUAUUUAGUACAAGAGAAUCUUGUAAAGAUUUUGCCUCGGACAAUGUUCGUGACGCUACUAGAACCAAAGUUCAACUUGUUCAUAUUCACUAAAAUAUUGCUUCCGUUCCGAGAGAUAAAUCGGCAACACGAAUUCUAUCAGUCAUGCGUUUAGCCGCUCAGAUUUUGAUGAAUGUGCCUUUUAAUUGGUUCAUUUAGAGAUCAAUAUGACACCGUAGUCAACUUUUUGUAGAAAAUGCUUAUCUUUUUGGGCCUAUCUGAUACCGGAACAGUUGACGCAAAACAAAAAUUAUUGAUAUGACUUUUAAAAAAUGGUCAUAACUAGACCUUUUAUUCUAUAUUUCACAGAUGAAGUUCGCACAGGUACCUACAGACAGCUGUUUCACCCAGAACAGUUGAUAACUGGCAAAGAAGAUGCCGCUAACAACUAUGCUCGUGGGCACUACACUGUUGGAAAGGAAAUGAUCGAUCAGGUUUUGGACAGGAUUAGAAAGCUGGUAGGUAUUCAAGAAGAUGUAUAUAGAGAUAUUGUUUAGUUCAGUGCAAACUUCUGUCAGUUUUUCUGUGUAUUGGAAUUAAAUGAUUCCUUUAAGCAUUUUGAAAGUUAGUUCCCUGUUUUAUAUCACAGGCAGACCAAUGCACAGGCUUGCAGGGAUUCCUUGUUUUCCACUCUUUUGGUGGAGGUACUGGAUCGGGCUUUACCUCUCUCCUUUUGGAACGUCUGUCUGUUGACUAUGGCAAGAAAUCCAAACUGGAGUUCUCUAUCUACCCAGCACCGCAAGUUGCAACAGCAGUGGUUGAACCUUACAAUUCCAUUCUGACCACUCACACCACCUUGGAACAUUCUGACUGUGCCUUUAUGGUGGAUAAUGAAGCUAUUUAUGACAUCUGUCGUCGUAACUUGGACAUAGAAAGGCCAAGUUACACCAACCUGAACCGUCUGAUUGGUCAGAUCGUAUCCUCCAUCACUGCUUCACUGCGCUUUGAUGGUGCACUGAACGUUGACUUGACUGAGUUCCAGGUAAGGUGCAUUUUAGUGUUGCAAGCUCUUUCGAGAAACCAGAAUCGACAGAUAGAAUCGGCUUGUUCUGUGAAUGAUUUUGUGAUCCUAUUGAGAACAUUUCUCGAGGCCUUUUGAAUCGUCUGACAUAUCGUGGUUAGGGUGGGACUGUCACGCGAGAUAUGAACUAACGUAAAAAUGCCUUUGCAAGGAUGAAAAUUCACUAUAACUAAUUUUUGCACCCACAAACGAAUAUCUUGAUGUAGUAGCUGUUCAUCAUUAGGAAGUCGAUUUAACAACUGUUUGCAAUACUAAUUGAAAACAUGCUAAUUGUACCAUGUGAUGAAAGAACAUAUAAAACCACGAGCCAUAUGGCUCUUGAUAAAACCCUGUAUGGGUACAGCCAACUCCCUUUAUAGCGGACACUGGGAGCUCGACUUAGCGUCCUCUUUAGCGAUAGUCCAUAAUAGUGGGAGUCUACUUCAGUCAAACGUCUGUAAUUUGUUUUUGCCGGGGACUUAGGUACUGUCCGUUUUAUCGUGGUGUCCGUUAUUAUAGCUGGGUGUCCGCAAGGCGAGAGUUGACAGUACUUCGACGGAAUUUAACUUGCAACGAUCGCUAUUUAUGAAACGACGAUCCUCGAGAUUAAAGCGACGAUCGAAUUGCCAUUCCGACCAAGUUUGACAACGUUAGUCGUGCGAAAACGGCAAAGAAAUAUAUGCCUAAAGGUGUGUUGCACAUUCGGCAGUUUUUGUUUUGCUUAACUAAACCUGUCUUAUUUUCAUUGCCUCGUUUCUUCCGUCGUUGUCGUGGUUGUACAAACUCGGUAGUGGCUUUAUCACGCAAAAAUUGUCUUUGCAACUGGAUUUCAUUGAAAGACCAACGAUUUGACGGAAACGCGCGGCGAAAACGACGUGCCCAGGUACCAACAGAACGGCUCACAUGCAUGUGUGACUAAAGGAAACAUCACAAAAUAAAUGUAAUCCUUCAAGAUGUAGUGGGAGUGAACACCAUUGUCAACUAACAAGCAAACUUAAGUGCAAUGAAACUAUUUACUAUUAACGGUUGGCUUUUCUUCACAAACAAAGACAAGGAGAAGAACUAACUCCAACUGGAAAAAGUUAGGCCAACGUUUUCAAGCUGCAUGUAUCAUCGUUCUUUCAUAUCGCUGAUUCACUCAAUAGGUGAUGCCGUUCCUGCUUCUAUUGUUGGCAAGCUUAUAUCUUAACUAUGUUAACCAUUUAAUUAACACUUUCUAUCUCUUUACGGGUUCUCUGGCACUGAAACUGAGGGAGCACGGAAGAGUGAGUGCUCAGGAUGCUUGACUACGAUUGUAUAAUUCGAAUUUCCCAAUUCUAUUUCUAUUAAAAAGUUAUCAAACAGAUAAUGCGUAAGCGCAUAAGUUCAAUGACGUUUCGAGAUUGUCAUGACACCCUGAAUGGCAAAGGCACAUAGGGGCAUUUACUCUGCUAAUAAGGAGUCGACCGCGAACAGUAUCCUGACUGAUCAUGCGAAGACGGUUGAUUGAAAUCUUGGCUUAACUCCUCAGUGUAAACAUUGCUAUCGUCCUUUUAAAAUACUUUUUAAUAGGAUUUUCCCAGGUUCAACCUAAUACUAUUGAGAGAAGAUCAUUCAUUUAUUUUUUAUUCAUUGUACAACCGAAUUUGCAAUUUUCUCAAAUGUCAGAUUAAGCGGUUUAUCCUUCCUUGGGUUAAUGUAUCGCUUACCUUUUUUAUGCAGACUAACUUGGUUCCAUAUCCACGUAUUCACUUCCCACUGGCCACUUACGCUCCAGUUAUCUCUGCUGAAAAAGCCUACCAUGAACAGUUGAGUGUCUCUGAAAUCACCAAUGCCUGUUUUGAGCCAGCCAAUCAGAUGGUGAAAUGUGACCCACGUCAUGGCAAAUAUAUGGCUUGCUGUCUGCUGUACCGUGGUGAUGUAGUACCUAAGGAUGUGAAUGCAGCCAUAGCGACAAUCAAGACCAAGAGAACCAUUCAGUUUGUGGACUGGUGCCCUACUGGCUUCAAGGUUCGUGUAACUGCCUUAAAAAUUUUGAUUAAAUUCAGUACAAGCAGUUCUUCCAUGUUUUCGCGCAUGUUAUUAGUUUUCAAACCUUAAAAAAAGAGAAGCUAGGGAAAUGGUCGUGUAAUCAACUCUCUAGCUCGACUGAUCUCACAUUUUUUAGGUGGGCAUCAACUACCAGCCUCCCACAGUUGUUCCUGGUGGUGACUUGGCCAAGGUUCAGCGUGCUGUUUGUAUGUUGAGUAACACCACAGCUAUUGCUGAGGCCUGGGCCCGUCUGGAUCACAAGUUUGAUCUGAUGUAUGCCAAGCGUGCUUUUGUCCACUGGUAUGUUGGUGAGGGUAUGGAGGAAGGAGAGUUCUCUGAGGCUCGUGAAGAUUUGGCUGCACUGGAGAAGGAUUACGAGGAAGUUGGCGUGGAUUCUGCAGCUGAUGAAGGCGAGGAUGAUGACGGAGACGAAUACUAG